CAUGUAAUUGUUACCUUAUAUCUCACCACAUGUGAAAAUGGUAACGGUGAGCUUCAACCUCGAAUGACCGCCGGACUAGUAAAGAAGUUAAUCCAAAUUUCUUUUUUGUCUCUUUAUUGGCAUUAUUUCCGCAAUUAUCCCUGAAGGUCUCAUUUAUAAAUCCUACUUUCCUACUUAAAGGUCACAUAUCUGCCAUGUCUAUCUGUUUCGGCUAGCCGCGCAAUCCAUCACUGCGCCUCAACUCUGCUGAUCGCUGUUUGUAAUUGCCGUCGCCUGAAUCUAGGACUAUCGAUAAUCAAUGAUCAAUAACCUAAUACUAGACAGCCUGUCGCAUAGGAACUUUCUCUUCUAAGAAGAGGGGACCUUCUAACUUGAAACCAUGGUUCCUAAUGCCAACAGUAGCAGUCCUGUAUCUAACAGCUCUGUGUCAUUGCAAUCGCCCAAUGCCAUCCCUCCUAGGACUUCCUCUACGGGAUACAUUACUCCCCUUCCACCCGUCAAAUCUGUUCUACGUCCUGUUCCGGAAUCUGACUGGUUAGGUCAGAAUAGCAACCGUCAUCAAAGAGGCUUCUCCAAUUUUGCUGUUCCUAUCACAGGCAUGCAUGCUACUGGCCCUCAAGACCCUGCGCGCUAUGAGACGGAGGACUUGAACUACACUUCGCGGAAAACCUGGACAGAGCAAAAGGAAAAGGUACUAAUGGGCCCCUUCGACUACCUGUUUGCUCAUCCCGGGAAAGACUUCCGUACCCUCAUGGUCAAUUCCUUCAAUGCAUUGCUAGAGGUACCACAAGAAAGCCUCGAUGUCAUCACUAAAGUUGUUGGUAUGCUACAUACCGCAUCCCUACUUGUCGAUGACGUCGAGGACAGCUCGCUAUUACGGAGGGGUCUUCCCGUUGCCCACAGCAUUUUCGGCACGGCGCAAACCAUAAACUCGGCCAAUUACGUCUACUUCUGCGCCUUACAAGAACUACAGAAACUGAAGAAUCCGAAGGCUGUUAGUGUGUAUACCGAAGAAUUGCUGAACCUCCACCGCGGUCAAGGGUUAGAUCUCUUCUGGCGUGAUACGCUUACUUGCCCUACCGAGGAAGAGUAUCUCGAGAUGGUCGGAAACAAGACCGGAGGGCUCUUCCGUUUGGCUAUCAAGCUCAUGCAGGCCGAAUCAGUCACCCCCAUCGACUGUGUUCCCCUAGUCAAUCUGCUCGGAAUUCUUUUUCAGAUCCAAGAUGACUACAGGAACUUGUCGAGCCCCGAAUACGGGCAGAAUAAGGGGCUCUGUGAAGAUCUGACCGAGGGGAAAUUCUCGUUUCUGAUCAUCCAUAGCAUACGCACCAACCCGUCGAACCUCCAGCUUCUCAACAUCCUUAAGCAGAGGACAACAGACGAGGAGGUGAAGCGGUAUGCCGUGAAGUAUAUGGAGAGCACCGGAAGCUUCGAGUACACUCAAAAAGUAAUAGCAAUCCUAGUUGAGAGGGCGAGAAAGAUGACAGAGGAGCUUGACGACGGUAGGGGGAAGAGCACCGGUAUCCAUAAGAUCCUUGAUAAGCUGGUAAUAUGAAUGGGCGUUACGACUUGACGAGAAGAUGAAAAGACGAAUGUCUAUUGGAAUUUUGGUGGGGGCUGUAUAGAGGAUCUAUAAUUCAUACCCUCCUAUUAGGGUAGGGAGGUUUGCGGGAGCGAGCUCGGUGCGGCUUAGGAUACCCUCAUUUCCUAUUUUUCAAAUAUAUAAGAAAUGUGACAAUAUAUCCAUGCUUACAUUAUCAUGACUCUGCCCCUAUGUUACUGUUAGCCUUUAAGGGCGUAAAAUUUUAAAUGGAUUUUUGAAAGUUUUUGAGUUAUAAACAAUUUAAUGUGAAUAUAAGUGAAAAUAGCGUGACAAGAGCAAUAUUAGUAUUAAUACAAUAUUAUAAAAAACGA